AUGGAAGGAAAUUGGAAUUAUGAAAUCAACGUUCGAAACAUCGACACAUGUUGUUUGGCUGCUUUCGAAUUACACGAUAAUGAAUUGCGGGAAUGUAUUUUGAAAACAAUAGAAGAGAGUUUUCUAACUGUUAAAUAUAAUCACAGUAAUGCGACCCAAAACUAUGAAGACGAUAUAAGAAGUUUGAUGGAAAAAAAUAAAACUUUGCGACAAGAAAUUGACAUAAAAGUUAAAGAUCUACAACGGCAACAAGCCCAAUAUGAAACUUUUAAACAUGAUCAGAAACUAUUGUCUCAAGAAAUUAAAGAAAGACAUGAAGCAUUUUUGAUGGCAAAGAAGUAUUAUAAAAAGUUUUUGAAAAUAUAUUACACUAUUGAAACAAAAAAUGAUGACAAAAUGACCAUUUUUGCACAAUUUUUUACUGAGGCUAAAAAAGAUUCUGAGAAUUAUAGUGUACGUCUUUUAAGGAAUAAGGAAAACGCAACUUAUGAAUUACUCUCUACAAAUCCUACAUUAGAAAACUUUAAGGAGAUCCAAAGAAAAUUAAAAGAAUCUAAUGAUAUUCCUGGGGCCUUAUGUUGUAUAAGACAAUCUUUUCUUAAUGUAAAAGCAUUAAAGAAACAUUAA